UGUUUAUAUUGAAAAUUCAUAAAUUAUUUUUUAUUACACUUUUUUGGCCUAAAGUUAAUUUUAUUGCUGCAACAAAUAUUCAGAGAUGCGCGCUGCGGCCAAAGUGCGCGGCAGGCACAAAUUCAUAUUUCACGGCCCGAAAUGCGCGAAUGUUGAAGAGCUGCAAAAAACUUUAUCUAUAAUCACACAACUUCGCAGUCGAGGUUGACGUCGCAGUCGCCGUCUGCAGCGCAAGUCCAAAAUUUGCAAGUGUAUCGUUGAGAUAAAUAACGCUUAUGUAAAAGUGUGUGUGUGUGUGGAUGCAGUUGCUCAAAAUUACCCAAAAUUAACUUUAUAAGCAUCUACAUAUAUACAUAUCGAACCAAAUUGAGUGCUCAUCAUGUUGAUGGCUAUUUAUACAAGUUUAAGGCGCUUACGGCCGAAUCACGUGUAUCCAUUUACCACGCGCUGUUUGUGGCAUUUGGAUCUGAAUCUGAAUCUGGGACAUGGACUUGGACUCGGACACCUGCAACGAAGUGUUUAUGGACAGCGCAUUCAGACUGCAGGGGCGAGGCAUUACGUUCAAGCCCCAGAGGCUCAUCCAGUACCAGAUGGUAGAUCCUCAACGGGAAUGCAGCAGCAUCCGCAGCAGCAGAAGAUACAACAACAACAGCAGGAGAAUCUACAACUGCAUCAACUGUCUUCCUCGCAUAACACGGAUCGACAAUCGACGGAUCAUAAUACGGCCCUAAAAAGACAGGACAGUCAGUCGCAGGGUCGCAAGCCGUCAUUCUCGAAUAUGUCGACAUCGAGUGUGAAUGUUCCCUACGAUAUCAGUUGGAUAUUUCCUCGUCUGCGGAGUCCCUCCACUUUAUGGUAUAUCGCCAGUCAAUUUGUGGUAACUCUCGUUGGCAUCUUUAGCAAGAUUCUGCUUGUGGGGUUGAGUCAAACGAAAGUGUAUAAUAAGGAUCGGCUGACAACAGCGGUGGCAAAGCGUCCCAAGGGAGUACCCCUAAUUACCGUGUCCAAUCAUCAUUCCUGCUUCGAUGAUCCCGGAAUUUGGGGAGUGCUGCCAUUCCGGUAUGUAUGCAAUACUCUCCGUAUACGUUGGUCAAUGGCAGCCCACGAUAUUUGUUUUACCAAGAAACUGCAUUCGAUGUUCUUCAUGUUCGGAAAAUGCAUACCGGUUGUGCGUGGAAUUGGCGUUUAUCAGGAGGCAAUUAAUCUGUGCAUCGAAAAGUGCGCCAUGGGACAUUGGGUACAUGUAUUUCCCGAGGGCAAGGUUAACAUGACCAAGGAGCAGAUACGACUCAAAUGGGGCGUAGGUCGGAUUAUCUAUGAAUCCCCGAAAAUGCCCAUUGUACUGCCCAUGUGGCAUGAGGGCAUGGACUCCGUGUUGCCCAAUGUGGAGCCCUAUAUGUUUAAGCUCGGCAAGAAUGUAACGAUCAACAUUGGCGAACCUUUGGAUCUAAACGAUUACGUGCAAGAUUUGAAAAAUCAACAAGUGCCUGAACCUGUGGCCCGAAAACUCAUCACAGACAAAAUUCAAGAAGCCUUUUAUGCUCUGAGGGUAGAAACUGAAAAAUUACAUGAAGAGCGUGUUCAGUGACCAGAAAACCGACUGGGAAAACCAAUUCAAUGGAAGACAUACAUAAAGCUUAUUUAUUUCGAUAGUAUUAAGCCUAAAAUGAUGCCUCGAUAAAUUGUUAUCACUGUAUAAAUCAUGUAUUUAGCAUUUUUCCUAAUUCCUAUAUGCGUAAACCGCCGUCUUUUAUCUCAACAGCAGAGAAUUCCUAUCAAAGGUCUUUUUAAAACUUGUCUAUAAAUUAUAUAAUGUGACAAUUUACUUUAAGCUAAAGAGUGUGGAUCGUGAUAAGUGUAAAAUAUAAAGUAAACUCAUUUUAAAUGAA